AUGAAAUCUCUCGCCGCCACUUCACUUUUCGCUGGCGCAGCACUGGCUGCUGUGCCCAUGCAGCAGCCCCUCCAACAGCUUCCCAAGUCAUUCCCCGCCGAAGCGAAGGACAUGCUAUCAAACCAGCUGCACCAUCUGAAAGAUGCCCUUCACGGGCUCACACACGAGGCCGCCGCCAUCUGGGAUGAGGUCGCCGAGCUGUAUCCCGAGGAUAUGAGUGCCGCCAGCUUCUUCUCCACGCCCAAGAAGCACAACCGCCGACCUGAUCACGAAUGGGACCACAUUGUCCGUGGCGGAGACGUCCAGGAUGUGUGGGUCGAGAACGCCGAUGGCGAGAAGGAGCGCGAGAUCAAUGGCAAGCUUGAUACCUAUGACUUGAGGGUCAAGGCUGUGGAUCCCAGCGCUCUGGAUGUCGAUCCGGGCGUCAAGCAGUACUCGGGAUACCUGGAUGACAACGAGAACGACAAGCACUUGUUCUACUGGUUCUUUGAAUCGAGGAACGACCCCAAGAACGACCCGGUUGUCUUGUGGCUCAAUGGUGGCCCUGGAUGCUCUUCCUUAACCGGUCUCUUCCUCGAGCUCGGCCCCGCCCGUAUCGACGAGAAGAUUGAUCUCGUCUUCAAUCCUUACUCCUGGAACAACAAUGCCAGCGUCAUCUUCCUGGACCAGCCGGUCAAUGUCGGAUACUCAUACUCGUCAAGCAGUGUGUCUGACACAGUGGCUGCUGGCAAGGAUGUUUAUGCGCUCCUCACCCUUUUCUUUAAGCAGUUCCCCGAGUACGCGAAGCAGGACUUCCAUAUUGCUGGCGAGUCCUACGCAGGCCACUACAUCCCCGUCUUUGCCACAGAGAUUAUGUCCCACAAGAACCGAAACAUCAACCUUAAGUCUGUGUUGAUCGGCAAUGGCCUGACUGACGGACUGACUCAGUACGAGUACUACCGUCCAAUGGCUUGUGGCAAGGGCGGUUGGCCUGCUGUUCUCGACGAGCAAUCUUGCCAGGCUAUGGACAAUGCUCUUCCCCGCUGCCAAAACCUGAUCUCUGGCUGCUACGACAGCGAGAGCGUUUGGUCGUGUGUGCCGGCCUCUAUCUACUGUAACAACGCGCUGCUCGGCCCGUACCAGCGCACUGGGCAGAAUGUGUACGAUGUGCGGGGCAAGUGCAAGGACAGCAGCAACCUCUGCUAUCCCGAGCUCGCAUACAUAAGCAAGUGGCUUAACAAGCCAUCGGUCAUGAAGGCACUUGGUGUCGAAGUCAGCAGCUACGACUCGUGCAACUUCGACAUCAACCGCAACUUCCUCUUCCAGGGUGAUUGGAUGAAGCCAUUCCACCGCCUCGUGCCAGGUCUAAUCAAGGAGAUGCCUGUCCUGGUCUACGCGGGUGAUGCGGACUUCAUCUGCAAUUGGCUCGGCAACAAGGCGUGGGCUGAGGCGCUUGAGUACCCCGAGCACGAGAAGUUCGCCAAGGCCGAGAUGAAGGACCUACACAUUGACGGCAGCAAGAAGGAGCGCAAGAUCGGAGAGGUGAAGUCGCAUGGAAACUUUACCUUCAUGCGCAUUCACGCUGGUGGGCACAUGGUGCCCCUAGACCAGCCCGAGGCUAGCUUGGAGUUCUUCAACCGGUGGUUGGCCAAGGAGUGGUUCUGA